AUGGCUAUCGCUUUGAACUCUUUACCUCUCGAAAUUCUCGACCAGAUAUGUAGAUCCCUCCCUCGCCACCGGGAUGUGAGCAAUUUUCGACUUGUCUGCCACAGACUGGCUGACGUGGGCCUGCCUGCGUUGCUUCCAAGAUUGACUGUCCAACUCUUCCCUGAGAGUCUCGACCGGCUGUGCGAUGUUGCAUCGGACCCCGUCCUCAAACACCAUGUCUUCAUCAUUGUCUUUGUGAUGGACAUAUUCGAACCCGAAGGCAGCACCUUUGACGAAUGGCAGGACAAAUUAGCCGAGAUGGCUGAGUAUCAUCCCAGCGUUGAUCUCGAAAUGCUCGAAGAUGAGGAAGAGAUGCGAAGUAGCUGGGAGGGCCUUAGACUUCUGCUUUCCAGGCAGGAAGAGGCUUUCAGAACUCUCGAGUCUCCACGGGUGCAGGAUGCUUUGCAGCAAUUCAGAAACCUGAACUAUCUUGAGGUGCGAUAUUCCAAACCCCGGGAUGGCACACCCCGCGACGAGACGUACAUGAAUAUCUUCAAGAACCAUCCCUACAUUCACAAGGAAAGGCAGCCAUUUUACCCAUCGUCUACAGAAUCAAUGUAUACCGGCUGUCCGGGGAUCAAGCCACUCCGGUCGCUAUUACGCGGUAUAGGGAAACCGGGGCUUAGAACCCUCAGGGUAGCAGCGCUCGACGCUCAAUUUUUCAAUGGUAAUGUUACCGCUGAGGCAGCUGAGUUUGACUCUCUUUUGGACAGACUGCGAGAUCUCAACACCCUUCAACUCACUGUCACUCAUGACCCUGAUACCAUGGAAAGCGCUGAAAGCGGUCUAUCCACAGACCGAUUCAGGACUUUCCUAUCCUCAGCACCUCAUCUGGAAGAUAUAGACGUUCAGUUUGGUGAUACGGAUUUAAUCAACUUCUAUCCAAAACUCGCCAACGUCCUGCCAGGGGAGUUUUCAUGGCCGAACCUACGAAGGCUCCGGCUAUCAGUCGUCGAGAUCAUACCUCCGACCUUCCUAGACUUCCUCCGCCGCCAGCGGAGCCUCGAGACUCUGGAGCUGGACCACUGCCAGCUCCCAGAAGGAAGCACGCACAGCUGGUCGGAUCUCUUCGCGCCCCUCGCCGUUGACUUUGCUCUGAAGAAGCUUGUGCUCUCUGGGACGUUCGGGGUGGAACGACCCACCGGUUGGGAUUACAUCGACAUGCGCGAUGCAGUCAACGACAUGGAGCUCCAGGUGUGUGAGGCCUUGGACAUGGUGGUCUGCUCAAGGGAGUUUGACGCAUUCUUGCACAACUAUGUGGCAAUGCAGGAUGUGGACGUGGGCGUUGUCAAGCAGGGCAUCAUCCGGAGCUUGAUGGACAAUCCACCCGCAAGGGCAGCAGAGAUCACGAUGCGUAUCCCCACAGACUAUGCGCACUAUUUCAAGUCUUUUGCUUUGGUGACGGAUAGCUCCAACUGGGGGAGGGGCGGGAUGUGGGUGUCGGGUUAUGAGAGGAGUCUCAGGCCUGUUAUAGAAGGUCCGGAAGCGCCGCGGUUCUGA